AUGGCAUCGCACUCACCUCGAUCUACGGUCUCUCCGAGCAAGCAAAGUCGGCCUCAACCAGAUCAUCCAGAAUCACCCAUUGUACCGCCGCAAGACUCGGAACCUGUCGGAACCAACAAGAUUGAACCGGCCACCUUGGACACGACGGGCUUGGAUCCUCCGAUCCAGCAGCAGCCACUAUCACGUCGAGCCCAAGUCAAGACCCCGGAACCUCAACCCUCACUAGAUUGUAUGAAUGGGCACAAGGACAAUACCGAGAGGUCACCAAGUACACCGGGACAUCUGGCACCCUUCGAUUGGGACGAAUUCGAGAGCCGCUACGAACAAGCACUUGCUGGGGCCAAUAAUCAAGAGCAAGAGCUAUUGGAGGAGUUCGAUCGACUGGUGAAGUACUUCAACGUCUGGGCGUCCGCAGGUUCAGUUCAUGACAACGAACGCGGAGUCAAAAGAUUGCAAACCCGCGAGAGAUACGUCAAAAUUGCAGAACAGAGUCUGGCGCAGAAGAAAAAGCACCUUACCGAGGUCGUCCGCGCCUUCCAGAGUGCACUAGCCCUCCUAAGCCAGUCUUAA